UUAUGAGCGCAGCGCUGCAGGUAACGGCGACUAUACGCGGCGAAACUUUAGCGAUUCAGAGUCUGAUGAGCUCAGACCAUUAUCAUAAUGCUGUCGGCUACACCAGGGAUUUAUUCAAAAAAUCUCGAGAUUAUCUUACAAUAACUUUGAAUCAAUCAAGCUACGAGUUUAAAUCAAGCAUAUAUCGCCUUGGUGGGGUAAGGUGAACCCGUUUGGGGAUAAGAUUUAUUGCAUUCUGCAGUGGCGAAGAAGUUGCUCCAGGGGUUCCGCUAACUCUCAGGCAGUAUGAGGGUCGAAGCCCACAGGACGUGUCACUUCAUGCAAGAGCUUGAUUGGUGGCGCGAACGGAGUCUAUUCGAUUGAUUUUUAGGGACAAUUUACAUACUUACACUAUUCAAUACUUAAAACUAUUACAUUUUGGCCAGUGGGAUGGUUAAACCAUGCCGCUAGCCAAUGAAAGUUACUAUAUCUGUAAUGCGG